GCUGCAAUAUAAGCGAUUAGCCUUUCUAGGUUUCGCUUAGUUCUUAUUUAAGGGAUUACUUGUGAGGAGAGCUGUGUGUGAUACGGUCGAAAAUAUGGCUUUUAAACUAGCAGUGGCGAUUUUGGCGCUUGCCGUCUCCCAUUCAUCAUUCACGAAAGCAAGCUUCUUGGAAGAAGUUUGUAAAACUGAAACUGACUGCUCUGAAGACGUUCCAAAUUCUGUGUGCAUAAACGGGUUCUGCCAGUGUGCUGAAAAUUUUGUCCAGGAAGAUGGAAAUUUGGAUAAUUGCUUUCCCAAGCGUUUGAUUGAUGACCCAUGUUCUAUAAAAAAACAAUGCCCAACAAAAGGAGAUUGUCUACCUACUGGAAUAAAUAACAGAAAGCGGUGUCAGUGCACAUCUGAGUAUUUAGCCAAUGAAAUUAGAACUGCUUGCGAGGAAAUCGAACCAUUGGACCUUGGUGUAGUAUGCCGUGAUACCAGGCAGUGCAACAAAAACGUUACAAACUCCGAGUGCAUCAUGAAUGGGGAAGGAAAUUUUGUAUGCCAGUGCAAGACGGAUGCCUACAUCCCUGACAAGCAAAAUGUAUCAUGUCUCAAAGUGGCAAGUAAAUUGGGUGAUUCAUGUGAAAUUGAUGCGCAGUGUGCGAAGAUCCCAUUUAUUGAUAGCAAGUGUAACGAGACAGGAUUUUGCGACUGCUUGGAAACGCAUGUUGCGGACGCGGAGAAUACACAAUGCUAUGAAAAAAAAUAUGAGCUGGGUGCCACCUGCGAAAUUGAAGAACAGUGCCAAUUUAUGGGAAGCAAUUGUACAGAUGGAAAAUGUAACUGUAUUGAUGACUGGAUACCCCACGAGCUAAAAUGUUUAGAGAAGAUCAAUGAUAUAAAUGGCACUCAGUGCGUGAUUGACCAGCAGUGCCCAACUAAUUCUAAUUGCGACAGUGAUGCAAAGAAAUGCAGUUGCCAAGAUGACUUUAUCGCGGAUAGAGAAAAUCUAUCAUGCCUGGCCGUUCUUUCUGCUAUCGGCGAGACGUGUAUAGAGAGUUCUCAGUGUAGCAAUAUGAAUGCACUCUGUGAAAACAGCAUGUGCGCUUGUCCAUCAACAGGAUUUGUUGAAAACGAGAAUUUCUGCUACAAAAAAAUCAAUGACAUAAAUGGCAGCAAGUGCGUUAUUGACGAUCAAUGUCCAACAAAUUCUACCUGCGACGAAGAAACAAAAAAUUGCCAGUGCGAAGAAGACUUUGUUGCUGAUAGUCAACGUCUAUCAUGCCUUACUGUUGUUAACGCUACUGGCGAGGAGUGUUCCGAUAAUACCCAGUGCAGCGGCAUUAAUGCACUCUGUGAAAACAGCACAUGCGCUUGUCCAUCCACAGGAUAUAUUGAAAAAGAUGGUUGUUGCUACAAAGAAAUAUACACUUUGGGAGACAUUUGCCAGAUAGCGGAUCAGUGCAAUGUAACUCAAUCUACUUGCAAGAACAAAAUUUGUGACUGCCAAGAAGGUUUCAUAAGAAAGGAAAACAAUUGUUACAAAUUGGUCGAUCUCAAUGUUGAUAUUUGCGAAGUUAACGAGCAAUGUCCAACGAAUUCUACUUGUCUUUUGACAACCGAGCGCUGUCAAUGUAACGAUGAUUCCGUAAGCUCGGUAAAUAACAAAAUUUGUUUGGCAGCUCAAAACACUCUUGAAGCAGAAUGCUUGGAAAAAGCGCAGUGCAAGAUUCUGAACUCUCAAUGUUCCGAAAACAAGUGCAUCUGCAAAACAGAAUUUGUUCCCGAAGAAAACCAGUGUUUCCCAGAAAGAAGCGAAUUAGGUGAUCCAUGCGAAAAGGCUAUCCAGUGUUUAGUCCAAUGGUCUACAUGUCUGAACAAAAAAUGUUCGUGUGACACAGAUUUUUUGGAAAAAGACAAAAAAUGCUACAAGGUACUUAACCUUGAUGGCGAAAUUUGUGAAAUAGAUGAGCAAUGUCCAGAAAAAUCUACUUGUUCCGGACAAGACAAAAAGUGUCAAUGCAUAAACGAGUAUGUCAGCUCAGAAAACAAAUUGAUUUGUUUGAUAGCUCGAGACACCCUUGGCAUGCAGUGCUUGGAAAACUCACAAUGCACAGUUGAAAAUGCUAAAUGUCUGCAAAACACUUGUCAAUGUCCACCUGACUUUAUAAAAAAUCCAGAUGCAAAUUCCUGUUUAAAAAAUCAAGUUCUUGGUGAACAAUGCAGUGUAGACGUCCAGUGCAAACUAACCGAAAAGAGUGAAAGGGUCGAGUGCAGAGAAAACAAGUGCCAGUGCAAAUCGGGAUUCUUGGCUCAAACCAAGAAAAAUGUUUGCAGUUCUGGACCGGAAAUCGCUUUGGCAGCUGCUGCCAUCCUUUGGAAUUUUCUACUGUCUCUCCUCAUGUUUGGGGCAGUGCUAAAUCUUGGAGUGAAUUGCAACAGUGAAAUCGACACUUGCCUUGCGGAAAAUGCAGAAUGCUUGUCAGUAGGUGAAAUAGAGCAAUGCGCAUGCCACAGAGGCUACGUAGAAAAUCAAGACAAAAGCAAAUGCCUUAAGAUCAGAGACAGUAUUGGAGGAUAUUGUGAUGAGACAGUUCAAUGUGAUUUCGAGAAUAGUGCUUGCACAGCGGAUGGUGAGCAAAAGUACUGCUUCUGCAAAGAUGAUUACGUGCCUGAUGAUUCCUUUAAACAGUGCUAUCCAAAGGUUGGAACAAUUGACAAAGAUGAUUGUGAAAUUACAAAGCAAUGCCCUCGAAACGCUGAAUGCAAGAGUGAUACCAAGCAGUGUAGCUGUACGGAAGGAUUUGUGAAAAAUUUUCAAGAAACUGCAUGUCUUGGUGAGGCAAAAGCAUUAAAUGACCGUUGUAGUGAGGAUAUACAGUGCGCUGGCAUAAUAUCAUCUUACUGUAACAGAGUUGUCGGCGAAUGCAGAUGCAUUUCUUCACAUAUAGCUUCCGAAGAUCUUUCUACCUGUUUAACAAAAACAAACGCUGUUGGGGGGCUGUGUGAAGAGUCACCUCAAUGUGUGGUCGAAAAUUCUGCCUGUGUUGCCCACGGAGAUGUAAAAUAUUGUGAUUGUGAUGCGGAUUUCGUCCCAGAUUUAAAUUCAUUACAAAAAUGCUACCCUGAAAUAAACACACUAGAAAAUGAUAUUUGCGAAGUGUCAAAUCAAUGUCCAUCAAAUGCUGAAUGCAAGAAUCUUGGCGACGCCAAGAAAUGCAGUUGUAAGGAAGAAUUUGUGUCAAAUCCACAAGGAACAUCUUGUCUUCAAGUGGCAGAUAAAAUUGGAUUUUUCUGCAGUACUAGCGCGCAGUGCGAAAGAAUCAAUGGAUUUUGCUUUGGGCCAUUUGGAUUAGAAAGGUGUAUAUGCAAACAGAAUACAUCCCCAAACCUAGCCAACACUUACUGCAAUCCAAAUGUUUUGGGUGCACCUUGUCUGGAAUCAAUAGACUGUAUCAUCAAUUGGGAGAACUCUGAGUGCGCAUCUGGAACUUCUGGCAAAGUCUGCAAAUGCGCACCGGGGUACGUUGAAAUUAAUGGCGAAUGUUUAGAAGGUAUAGGUGGUGCAUGUCCUGUCGAUGGUAAUUGCCCAUAUGAAAACAGCAAUUGUGUGAAUAACAUUUGUCAAUGCAAUGACGGAUUUGUUGGAAGUAUUGACAAAAAGAGUUGCCUGAAGAAGGCUGAAAAGUUAAAUGAUGCAUGUCAAGAGAGGGCGCAAUGCAAUAAUAUUGUUUCGGCAACUUGCAACAUAAUGGUAGGCGAAUGCAGAUGCGUGUCAACACAUGUGCCAAGUUUAGAUCUUUCCACUUGCUUAAAGAAAGUAAGUGGUUUAAAUACACCUUGCGAGCAGUCAGGUCAAUGCACAACGUCAAAUGCUCAGUGCUUAGAUGAACUGUGUACUUGUAUGGACAAUUUCGUACAAGGCGGAAAUUUCUGUUUGGAAAAAGUUGAUACAUUGGGCGAAGGUUGUAGGAUCAGCGCUCAGUGCACGCCUGCAAAUUCUGUGUGUGUGGCAGGGCAAUUGAUUUGCGAUUGCGAGACGGAAUUUGUUCGGAGUGAAAAUAACAAAACAUGCUUGCCACUGGUUGACUUCGAUGAACCAUGCCUGGAACUGGCUCAAUGCACACUCACUGAAGGAGAAGUCACGUGCUCUAGCGAAGGAAAGUGUGCAUGCGACGCGGGCAAUAUUUUCGCCGAAAAUACGUGCUGGCAGCGAAAAUCGCUUGAUGAGCAAUGCAAUAAGACAAUACAGUGCCAAUUAGCCGAAAAUAAUGAGAGAGUUCAUUGUUUGGACGAUAAAUGUCAGUGCAAGGCAAGCUACAUACCAGACAAAACUAAUAACAUUUGCAAUACAGGCGCCCAAAUCUCUAUUGCAAUGGCAUCGCUUCUUUCAGUAUUAAUAACAGUUUAUAUUUCUCGGAUUAUCUGUGCAGAUGGUCACUUCAUACUUCCACCUUCAGAGAGUCAACGAGGUUCUGCAAUGGCUUCAAUAAGGAUUUUUUUGUUCGUUUUCCUAGCUAGUCUAGUUGUUCUAAGCAGAGCAGCUAACAAUGGAGAAACGUGCGACGUAGCAGCUCCUGAGUGCCCUGAAAACGCUGAAUGCAAGGAAGUAGGAGGUGAAUCCUUAUGUGAUUGUGUGGAUGGCUACGUUUCAAGUGAUGACAAAGGAAGAUGUCUUAAAGUUACGUCCGCAAUAGAUGAAGCUUGCGAGCAAAACGGUCAAUGCCAAAUUGCAGAAUCUUCUUGCAUUGAAUCGAAAUGUCAAUGCAAUCCUGGCUGGGUGGUUAAAUCUAACUUGAUACAAUGUUUGAAAGUUCUAUCGGAUUUCAACGAAGCAUGUGAAGAGUCAGCACAGUGUAGUUCAGGAGACCUAGGAGCUACAGCAGUGUGCGGCGAUUCUGGUAAAUGCACGUGCUCUGAGGGUUCAGUAGAGAACAGCGCUGGAAACAAGUGCAUCCAAGGUGCUUCACGCCUCGGAGAGGACUGCACAGAAGAUCCCAAUGUUUGCAACACGGUGGCAGAUUCUGAGUGCAAUGCCGAGAAAAAGUGCGCUUGCAAAGAUUCCUUCGUUGCGUCAUUGACUGGAGAGAAGUGCCUUGCUGUUGUUGAUGGCUCCCUGGGGAACCCUUGCGAGGAAAACUCCCAGUGUAAUCCAAAAAUUCCUAACACCGAGUGCGUGGACAACAAAUGUGCUUGCAAAAUAAAUUUUGUUGGUGAUAUAACUGCAACAUCUUGUCUUGCUUAUGCCGGUUAUGGUGAAGAGUGCGAGGAAAACAGUCAAUGCAGUGCGGAAACUGAUGGACUGGUGUCGUGUGUGCCAGUCGAUGGAAAGUCAAUUUGUCAAUGCAAACCUGAAAAUCAUUACAUCACACCAAAAUGCUGGUUUGACCGCAAACUGGAUGAGCAGUGCACUGACAAAAAAGAAUGCAUCCUGAGUGACGGCCAAACAGAUCGGGUGGAUUGCAUUGAAAAUAAGUGUACCUGCACGUCAGCUUAUGUUGCUGAUUUAAAUCAAAAUAAAUGCAAUUCAGGUGUCCGAAACAGUGUGGCCAUCAUUAUCUUCGCAAUUGCUGCACUUUUAUUAAAAAUGUGUUAAAUUUCCUGCAUUUCAAAUAAUUUAUUAUACACAUAAAAAUAAUAAAAAUGAAAAAUUCAUUGAUAUAAGAAA